AUGGCGGACGAAAUAAUGGCGGAUGUCAGUGAAGACAGAAAUCUUCAAAAGAGGCCUCUCCAUCACGCGUAUUUACGGUGUAAAUUGCCUUGGCCGCACACAGAAUGCAGAGGAGACGCCAGAAAAGUGUUUUUUGAGGAGAAAGGUCUUGCGCAGCAUUUUAGAAUUAAACAUGCAAGAGUCGUUUUUGACAAUGUAAAACAGGUUCGUGAAGCGUGGCGGUUGUUUCGGUAUUUACACGGCGAAGAAACCAAGGAACAUUCAAGAAGACUUUCCGCAGAACGCCAACAGGUAAGCGUUUUCUAUUGUCUUGUAAAAUUCGCGGUCCACUUAGCACUGGAAUAUUCAUGAGCUAGUAAUAACUUAUCUGCAAUUUGCAUUUUCAGAGGAAUGAUUCAUGCGAACGAUUCAUUGUUGCUACUGUAUACGAAGGCUGUCGGGUUCUUGAAGUAGUGGCAAAAGACGCUCGAGAAUGUGCAAAGUUGGUAGGCGUAAUGUUGAUGCACUAUGGGUAG